AUGAAAAGUGGACUGCGCAUCGCAUUAUGCGCCACAUUCCUCGUCUUGUUUUCGCUAUAUUUAUUGGAGGCUCAUCUCCAAGAUCUCUGCAACCAGUAUAGCGCGGGCGCAUACCUGGUUGAUUGGUUCGACAGCAGUGGGCGCUCCCAGACCCCAUCGGCAAGCCAUGGCACGCCGGGCGAUAAGGUGAUUGUCAUGGCCAAGCUGGAGGAGGAGAACACCGACUGGGUGGCACAGGAGCUUCCAGACUGGCAGCGCGCCAUUUACACCGUGAACCCAUCCCAAUCCACCCAGUCCGACACCCUAGCCCUCACCACCCCCUCCAACAAGGGCCACGAGUCCAUGGCCUACUUGACCUACGUCAUCGAUCACUACAACGACCUUCCCUCCACCAUCGCCUUCCUCCAUGCCCACCGCGCCGGCUUCCUCCUGGCCUGGCACGUCGAUGCGCCGCUGCACGACAACGCCGCCGCCAUUCGCAUGCUGCAACUCGACUUUGUCCAACAAAACGGCUAUGUCAACCUCCGCUGCAACUGGAACCCCGGCUGCAAGGCUGCCCACCGCUUCAAUAAACAUGUCACCGACCAGGUCUGGUGGGAUGUUUUCGAGGGGACAAGCACGCCCCCCUUGAACACCUCCGACCCGUGGCAGCAGAGCUCAGCCACUCAGCGCUAUCUGCCCAAGCCCGACCAGGUCGGCGCCGCUUGCUGUGCGCAGUUUGCCGUCUCGCGGAACCAGGUACUUCGGCGGCCGCUGUCCGACUAUGUCAAGAUUCGGCAGUGGGUCCUUGAUACCGAGUUGAAGGAUUCGUCGUCGGGGAGAGUGAUGGAGUUUCUGUGGCAUGUGAUUUUCGGAAUGGAGGCUGUAUAUUGCCCUGCCGAGGAAGUCUGCUACUGCCAGGUUUACGGGCGGUGCUAA